GGGAUCGCCUCCCGCGCCGGUCCUCCAGCUUCCCAUCCUGCCCUCGGCCCGCCUGAAUGGGGCAGAUGCAAGAUGGCGGCGAACGCGAACUCCGCCGGCGGCGGCGGCGGCCUCUCGCUCUUCGAGUGCCCCAGCUGGGCAGGGAAACCACCACCUGGCUUACAUCUGGAUGUGGUCAAAGGAGACAAACUCAUUGAGAAACUCAUCAUUGAUGAGAAGAAAUACUAUCUCUUUGGGAGAAAUCCUGAUCUGUGCGAUUUUACCAUUGACCACCAGUCUUGCUCUCGGGUCCAUGCUGCCUUGGUCUAUCACAAACAUCUCAAGAGGGUUUUCCUCAUAGAUCUAAACAGCACACAUGGCACGUUCUUGGGUCAUAUCCGUUUGGAACCUCACAAACCCCAACAGAUACCCAUUGACUCCACGGUUUCAUUUGGCGCUUCUACACGGGCAUAUACUCUGCGAGAGAAGCCUCAGACACUGCCAUCAGCAGUUAAAGGAGAUGAGAAAAUGGGCGGUGAAGAUGAAGAGCUCAAGGGCUUGCUGGGCCUGCCAGAGGAGGAGACAGAACUUGACAACCUGACAGAGUUUAAUACAGCCCACAACAAAAGAAUUUCCACGCUAACCAUUGAGGAAGGGAAUUUGGAUAUUCAGAGACCAAAGAGAAAACGGAAGAACUCCAGAGUGACAUUCAGUGAUGAUGAUGAAAUCAUCAAUCCAGAGGAUGUGGACCCUUCUGUUGGGCGUUUCAGGAACAUGGUACAGACAGCAGUAGUCCCUGUUAAGAAAAAACGGUUGGAGAAUCCAGGCUCAUUGACCACAGAUGAUUCUGCAUCACGACGUAUGCAAAACUUUCCCUACAGUGGAGGAUUAUAUGGUGGUUUACCUCCAACUCACAAUGAGGCAGGUUCCCAAUCGCAUGGCGUCCAUGGGACAGCACUCAUUGGUGGUCUGCCAAUGCCCUACCCCAAUCUUGCCCCAGAUGUGGACUUGACUCCUGUUGUGCCCUCAACAGUUAACAUGAACCCAGCUCCAAACCCUGCUGUCUUUAAUCCUGAAGCUGUGAAUGAACCCAAGAAGAAGAAAUAUGCAAAGGAGGCAUGGCCGGGCAAGAAGCCAACCCCUUCCCUACUGAUCUGAGCUGGGUUUUGUUGAGGGAGGGUGGGAGUACGAACUCCAGAAACUGUUCAUGUGCAGUAUCGUCUUUUUAAAAUU